GUCACCCUGGGCGCGGCGGUGUUGGGAUUUAAAGUUGAUUAACACGGAAGUAAAGGCGAGUGUUGUGCGUCGAGGUCACGAACGAUCGAGUCGAGUCUGACGUCUUGAAAUGAUUGAUGGGUAUUUCUCUGUACAUACUUGAGCUACACAACGGUUGAAUUGCCAGCUUGUUGAGCGAAAUGCGGGCCACCAUAUGAACUUGAGAGGAAUAUUGGCAUGAGCAGUUUCCAUCAACUAUCACAAUGCCCAAUCAUGCUGACGCAACAGAGAAUAUCGUGAAGAUUGUGAUUGUCGGGGAUGGACGUGUCGGCAAGACCAGUCUCUGCAUCUCCUACGCCACGGGUCACUUCCCAAGGGUCUACGUCCCCACCGUUUUUGACCAUAACACGCUGAAUGUAGAGAUUGGUGGGAAGUCUUUUGCUCACUAUCUUGUUGAUUGUACUGGGGGAGAAGACUAUCAUCGUCUGAGGCCUCUGAACUAUCCAGAAACGGACAUCUUUAUGAUAGUUUUCUCUGUGGAGAUGCGGUCUUCUUUGGAAAGUAUAGAAACAGAAUGGCUACCAGAGAUCCGCCAUCACAUGCCCAACACUCCAAUUCUUCUUGUUGCAACAAAGAUAGACCUUCGUGGGAGUUCCCGUUAUGAUUGUAUCACAUUUGAAGAGGGCUCCAACUUGGCGCAGAAACAUAACAUGGCAUAUACAGAGACCAGUGCACUACUCAACACAAAUGGUGUGGAGAAACCUACAUGCCAGAGGGGUUGCUGCAGUGAUCCAGAUCCUAGCCCUGAGCCACAUCCUCCUUACGAUGAGGAAGUCUUUCAUUUGUAUUUCUCUGUUCGAAGCAAGUCUUCCUUGGCGAAUGUUGAAUCUCGAUGGAUUCCAGAGAUCCGCCAUGCCAUGCCUGACAUUCCAAUCCUUCUAGUUGCAACCAAGAUAGAUGAUCCUUGGAGUGCCCAUCGGAGACGCGUUGUCUCAUAUGAUGAGGGCUUGAAAGUAGCCAAGAAACACAACGUGGGAUACACUGAGAUGACGGGACUGCUGAACGUAAAUCUAAUAGAUUGCUUUCAGAAGGCAGUUUACAUCGCUGAUGAGGCAAGCAUCGCUGAUGAGGCAAACCAGCCGCAGAAGAAGAGGGGUUUUAGAUUCUUUGGUUUUGGGAAGAGGAAGCAAAAAGCCCGCCCAACUGAGCAACUCCCACCUGAGAAACCCCCACUAGAUGAAGCCCCACGGAUUGAAAUCCAGACAUCAACAAUUGCAGAGGACUUAGGCAAGGCGUUGGAGCAGCCAUCUUACUCUGACGUCACCUUCAUCGUUGAAGGGAAGAGCAUCUUGGCUCACAAAGUGGUGCUGUGUAGUGCCUCUAACUUCUUCUGCUGUGUCUUUGGCCUGAGACUGCCAGACCAGGAUACAGGAAGCGGCUCCAAAGUGUGGAACUUUACCUGGGAGGACAUUAACGAGGGCAAGAUCGCUGGUCUAGCUGGUAUCCUUGAUGUAGUGACCCCGGACAGUAGCUCAUGUGACAAACCAACGACCCAGGUAACAAUCAGUGAAGACAUCUCUUACAAGACCUUCCGCCAUGUCUUGGAAUUUCUCUACACAGGUCUGCCCAACAUCCCAGAGGGAGCAAGUGCAGAGGACAUAGUGGCUUUACAGAUGGCAUCCAGCUCAUUCUGUUUGCCUAUGCUUGAUAGCAUCAUCAAGAACUUACAGAAUGUAGAGCAGUUUCUGAAUCCCAGCAUCGGGACUUUCCUGAAUGACCAGACAGGACAGAGAGCCAAGUGGUUGUUCCUCAACAGUCAGGAAUUGUCUGAUAUCAGAUUCAAAGUCGAAGACCAGACAUUCUUUGCGCACAAGAUAUUGCUAACAUCCCGCUGUGAAAUAAUGGCCCGAAUGUUUAGUGGCAUCUAUACAGAAAGCAACAAAGAAGAGAUUAGAAUAGAAGACGUGAGUCCGGAGUGUUUCCUGGCCCUCUUGGAGUACCUGUAUACUGACCACGCCCCUAUAGAGGAGGGAGAUGCCGUGGGGAUCAUGGUAGCUGCUGAUCGGUACGGCCAAGAACGACUGAAGAAUCUCUGUGAGUUGUACAUCACCAAGGGUGUGGAUGUAGCUGUGGCAAACAGCAUAGCAGAGGCACAUGUGGAUGUCAUUGGACUAUUGCACACUGCUCAGUUGUGUAAUGCAACCCAGCUGGCCACAUGGUGCCUUCAUUUCAUCUCAAGUAACUUCAUGGCCUUCAAGCAGUGGGCGGAGUUUAAGAUGCUGGAGGGGGAGAACCUGAAGUACAUCAGCGAGAACCGCUGGCCUCCCGUCAGCUACCUAGAGGCAAUGGAGAAAUACAAUGCCAAUUAUGGGCAGAAGGAAGAGAAGAGUUAUUAAAAUGUUAGGCAAAACCUGUUUUGUUGCUGUUUUUGCCAUUUUUGAGUGAAUGGUGUGCAGGUGACAGCAGUGUACUUUCAUUGUCAUUGAGUGUAAAUCACAGAAUCUAUAUGUCCUGAUUGAGGGAACACUGUGUAAAGAAUCUAUUGACAUACAUUGUAAAUCACAUGUUGCUGUCGCUCAAGCAAGUUCCAUUUUGACAGGCUAUAAGUUUUAGAUUGAAGCAAGGAUCCAUUAAUUGCUCCAGUGAACGUGCGUUUCUUUCUGUUUGCACCCAGAGAAUAUCAUCCUUAUAGUGGCCUCAUUUCCGGAUAUGGCCCGUUCCCCUAUUGCUUGGGUAAAAUUGUGCCCUAUCUAUAACUAUGAUGGCACAUUUUGUGUAAGGUCACAUGUAAGAACUUUGCUUAUUGUCUUGCCUAUUUUUUGUGCACUAUCUGAGAAUACAAUAAGAAUUUUUUUCUGAGAGUGGUGUGGGCCCUGUGGGCCAACAAGAGAGGGCAGUAGUGUAGACAGGGGUGUGGGGAGAUUAGAUUUCCCCACCCCCAAUAUUUUGUAAAGACUGCCCUAUUCUAUUCAAGUGCCCUCUUUUUCGCAAGUGUUUUACUACCCCCCCCCCCUCCCCAAUAUUUUUUAAGAGUGCCCUAUUUUGGACACAAACAUACUUUUUUUUGUACAAGUGCCCUUUUUACCCCAAAAUUAGUGCCUUUUUGUGACUAGCGGCUGUAAUAAGGGCCUUUUGGGGAAUUUAACGUGUGUGCCUCCCUGUUAAAAUCAUAUAUUGUCCGAUAGUGUGUAUAAUCGUUCUAACCAUAUCCCACAUCCGGGAUGAUUUCUGUUCAUAGACAUCACCCCACAUGUGAAAUCUAUAAAAAAAAAAAACAAUCACCCCGGAUGUGAAAUCUUUAGAAAAAGGGAUAAAAGGAACACAAUGCCAUCACCCUACCGGUACAUGUCUCAUUCGUCUAGUCGUCCAUUGGUUUUGAACAGUGCCCUAAUUAAUUGAUGGUACCGGCCCCUCCCCCCCCCCCCCCCCCCCUCCCCUAACCAACUGUUUGAUUUUACGGCCAAGUGUGCGGGGGAAAAAAAACAUUUCAGCACGGGUGUGCGAGUGCCUAUUUCAAGAGAUUUUUACCCCUCCCCCAAUUUAAAAAUAACCUUGCUACGCCUAUGGAGGCUUGUUUACCACUUCCAAGAGCCCCAAGUAUGGCACGCACCAUGUGCGCAUACUGGCACGUGCGCGCACGCGUUACUUCUUUUUAUUCUAAUGAAUGUGCAAAAAUACAGGGGGUGCCUGUGCACGGAGUAUAACUGGCCUUCAAAAUGAUCGGUUUAGUCAGAUCAUGGUUGUGUCACAUCAACCUUCAUUUGUACUUUGGUUGCUGUGUGAAUAGUAUUUUUCAAAUUGAGGCUGCCAAGGUAUAGUCAAAAGCAACAGUACCGUAUGUGAGUUGCUCUCAGCCAAUCAUAUCAAAAGACUGAAUGACUUGGGUGAGAUCCAAAAAUAGAAAUCAUU